UUGUCAUCUCUAAAAAGCGCGUCGUUUUGCUUGUUUUUCUCUAUGUGCUGAAAAAAAAUAUUUACAUUUUGUUAUUUUUUUAUGUUUAAUUUUACAAAAUUUCUUUAAAAUUAAAAUCUAUUUAAAACAUAAAGAAUAUAUUGAAAAGCAAUGACAGAAGAGGAGAAUGCUGAUACAACAUUAACGGCUGCUGGCCAAGUGCCGUCUGAAAAUGAUGUGGCUUUCUUGCAGUUUAUUGAAAUGGAAAAUUUUAAGUCCUAUCGAGGCCAUGUAGUUGUAGGACCAUUAAAACAAUUUACAGCUGUUAUAGGACCCAAUGGUUCCGGAAAAUCCAAUUUUAUGGAUGCCAUCAGUUUUGUUAUGGGUGAAAAGACGACAAGUUUGCGUGUGAAACGUUUAAAUGAUUUAAUACAUGGUUCAUCCAUUGGCAAGCCGGUAUCACGUAGUUGUUAUGUUACGGCCAAGUUUCUUAUUGGUUCCACACAAAUGGAUUUCCAACGUGCUGUUAUUGGUGGCUCUUCGGAGUAUCGUAUAAAUGGUGAAGUUGUUUCAAGUAAUACGUAUUUAAGCAAACUGGAAAAGUUGGGCAUAAAUGUUAAGGCUAAGAAUUUCUUGGUGUUCCAGGGAGCUGUCGAGAACAUAGCAAUGAAAACACCUAAAGAACGCACAGCUUUAUUUGAGGAAAUUAGUGGAUCUGGUGCUUUAAAAGAUGACUACAAUCGCUUGAAACAGGAAAUGAUAUUGGCAGAAGAAGAAACUCAAUUUACUUACCAAAAGAAAAAAGGCAUUGCGGCGGAACGUAAAGAAGCCAAACAUGAAAAAAUGGAAGCAGAUCGUUAUGCCCGUCUUAAAAAUGAAUAUAAUGAAAAACAAGUCGAAUAUCAAAUAUUUCGUUUGUAUCAUGUAGAAAAGGAUAUACAGCGCUUAAAUGAGGAUAUCGAAAGCAAACAACAAGAAAUCAAAGAAGUUGAAAAACGCAAGGAAAGUGCCGACGAAGUGCUGAAGGAAAAGAAGAAAGAAGCGGGUAAACUAAAUCGUGAAAUGGCUAAAAUUGAUCAGGAGGCGAGAGAAUUUGAAACACAAAUGAAUAAAAAACAUCCACUCUAUAUAAAGGCGAAAGAAAAAGUAGCCCAUUGUCAGAAAAAAUUAAAAUCUUUGGCAAAGACUUUGGAAACAGCACGCGAAGCUGACAAUGCUCAUCAACAAGAUAUACGUAAACUGGAAAAACAAUUGGCCGAUGUUGAACAAAUGAAAAAACGUUUCGAAGAUGAAAUCGAAAAUGAAUCACAAAAACGCGGCAAAAGUGUACACAUGGAAGAGGGUCUGGUGCAAGAAUACGAUCGUCUCAAACAGGAAGCUGAAGCUACCGCCACUCAGUAUCGUUCACAAUUGGAUUCAGUCAAUCGUGAACAAAAAUCCGAUCAAGAUUUAUUGGAUGGUGAAACAAAUCGUAGAGCUUCGGUAGAAGAGGCCUUCAAAAAAUUGACACUGCAACGCGAGGAAGCUGUUAAGAGGCGUGACAAAUUAAUGGAUCACAUUAAAUCAUCCCAGGCGGCUUUGGAAGAACAGAAUCGUAUUAAAGAUGAACUUAAACGUGAUGUGGGUUGUUCAAAGGAGAAAAUUGCCGAAAUCCAACGGGAAUUAGAGAAUGUACGUGAUCAAUUGGGUGAUGCGCGCAGUGAUAAACAUGAAGAUGCUCGACGAAAAAAGAAACAAGAGGUGGUGGAAUUGUUUAAAAAACAAGUGCCGGGAGUGUACGAUCGCAUGAUUAACAUGUGUCAGCCCACACAUAAACGUUACAAUGUUGCCGUUACCAAAGUUUUGGGUAAAUUCAUGGAAGCCAUUAUUGUAGACACAGAGAAAACUGCCCGGCAAUGUAUUCAGAUACUAAAAGAACAAAUGUUGGAGGUGGAAACAUUUCUGCCUUUGGAUUAUCUACAAGUGAAACCUUUAAAAGAACGUUUAAGAAAUAUCAGUGAACCACGUAAUGUCAAGCUGGUAUUUGAUGUCCUGAAAUUCGAGCCGCGAGAAAUAGAACGUGCUGUUCUAUUCGCCACCGGUAAUGCCUUGGUUUGUGAAACUCCUGAGGAUGCCAUGAAAGUGGCCUAUGAAUUAGAUCGUUCACGUUAUGAUGCCUUAGCCUUAGACGGUACAUUCUAUCAAAAAUCUGGUCUUAUAUCUGGCGGUAGUCAUGAUUUGGCGCGUAAAGCCAAAAGAUGGGAUGAAAAACACAUGGCCCAGUUAAAAUCUCAAAAAGAUCGUUUAAGUGAAGAGCUCAAGGAGUUGGUGAAAAAAUCAAGAAAACAAAGUGAAUUGGCCACUGUGGAAUCACAGAUAAAAGGUUUGGAAAAUCGCUUAAAAUACAGUAUGGUGGAUUUAGAAUCCUCAAAGAAAUCCAUACAACAAUUUGAUAAUCAAUUAAAGCAAGUUCAAACACAAUUAGAUGAAUUUGGUCCCAAAAUCACUAAAAUCGAGAUUCGUAUGGAGAAACGUGAUGAAUAUAUACAAGAAAUCAAAGAAAAUAUGAACAAUGUCGAAGAUAAAGUUUUUGCUAAUUUCUGUCGUCGUUUGAAUUGCAAAAAUAUACGUCAGUAUGAAGAAAGAGAAUUGGUUAUGCAGCAGGAAAGAGCACGCAAAAGAGCAGAAUUUGAACAGCAAAUAGAUGCUAUCAAUACACAAUUGGAUUUUGAAAAACAAAAAGACACCAAAAAAAAUCUCGAACGUUGGGAACGUAGUGUACAGGAUGAAGAAGAUGCUUUGGAGGGUUUAAGGGCUGCUGAAAAACGUUAUCUCAAAGAAAUCGAUUUGGAUAAGGAAAAAAUGGAAAAGUUUAAACAAGAAAAACAAGCCAAAAAACAAGCUGUCGAUGAUAUGGAAGAAGACAUAUCGAAGGCGCGCAAAGAGGUGGCAAAUGUGGCUAAAGAAAUACACAAUCUAAGUUCACAACUAUCGGCGAUUGAGGCCAAAAUUGAGACCAAGAAAAAUGAACGUCAUAAUAUUUUGUUACAAGCUAAAAUGGACUGCAUUGCCAUACCUUUGUUGAAAGGUUCUUUGGAUGAUUGUGUGAGUCAAGGUGAUUCGGAAACGACAAGUGCUACAUCAACUUCCUUAAUUUUAGAAAAAGAAAAUCUAAUCGAAGUAAACUACUCAAGUCUACCGCGAGAACUAUGUAAACUCAAAGACGAUUCUGCCUUCAAGAAAAUGAACGAUCAACUUCAAAAAGAUUUGCAAGCCAAACUGGACGUUUUAGAGCGUAUUCAAACGCCUAAUCUUAAGGCAAUGCAAAAAUUAGAUCGUGUUACGGAGAAAGUACAAUCGACAAAUGAAGAAUUCGAAUUGGCACGUCGUAAAGCAAAAAAAGCCAAAGCCGCUUUUGAACGUGUUAAAAAUGAACGUGCUGAGAAAUUUAUACAGUGCAGCAAUCAUAUAUCGGAUGCUAUUGAUGCAAUCUAUAAGAAAUUAGCACGUAAUGAGGCAGCACAAGCCUAUUUGGGUCCAGAUAAUCCUGAAGAACCCUACUUGGAUGGUAUUAAUUAUAAUUGUGUGGCGCCGGGUAAACGUUUUCAGCCGAUGAGUAAUUUAAGUGGUGGUGAGAAGACAAUUGCUGCCUUGGCCUUAUUAUUUUCUAUACACAGUUUUCAACCUGCUCCCUUUUUUGUGCUUGAUGAAAUCGAUGCUGCUCUUGACAACACUAACAUUGGUAAAGUGGCUUCCUAUAUACGUGAUCAUACCACAAAUUUACAAACCAUUGUUAUUUCUCUUAAAGAAGAAUUUUAUGGUCAUGCUGAUGCUUUAGUUGGCAUAACUCCUGGUGAGGGCGACUGUUUGGUUUCAAAUGUUUAUCUUUUCGAUUUAACGUUAUUCCAGGAUAAAUAAUUACUUUUCUUUUUGUUUAUAUACGUUUUUUUUUGUUAAAAAAGUUUAAUUGUAUUCUAAAUAUAAAUAUUAAUUAAGUACUCAACAAAAAUGAAAUGUUGUAGUUUUUAAGAGACCCUAAAGUUUAUUUGUCAUAUUUUGUGCAUUAAAUCAAAGCAAUUUUUUUUAAUUCAAGUAAAACUGUAAUUUAAAUUAUAUAAAUUAAUCAUAUACUACGACAAACUAAGAAAUAAUCCUUGAAGAAAAUAUUUACAUACAAACAUAAAUUGUACAUUAUUUUGUUCGACUAAUAAAUAAAAAAAAACAAA